AUGCGGCGAGUUUUGGGGCCUAAAGCAUGGACCACAUCCUCAAUCCGAGACUACUACAAUUGUGGUGCGAUUGAUAACCGACUGACAGGGAUGCUUUUGUCUCCACGCGGGGUUGAGCAUACAGAUAAUGGCGUCCAAAUAUGGAUGUCGCGUGAUGUACUGAGACAUUUACGAGCGCUGGAUGCAAAAUUAAUACUAUGCGAAAGCAUAAAAGAUGAACUUGUACCACCGCGGUUUGCGAUCGCAGACUGUUUCGUCGCAGGUACGUUCAGCAAAAUUGACGCGACCACACUGAUCGGACGCCAAGCGGUCGGCCUCGUGCAAACACGCGGAAUCGUCAAAGUGGUUUACGGCGGGCCUGGUAACGUUUUGCAGAGCCACUUGAUCUCGUGGGACAACCGUCAUGCAACAAUUGCGAGUCGCGCUCCAAGUGUCCGCACAUGUAAUGACUUUCGAGUGGUUCUCGCAGGCCCAAUGACGCCGGAGCACGAAUUGGUGGUCGCCAAGCAACACGAAUGUAAUGGCGCACGCGUACAUGCGCUUCAAAUGUUAUUGCGUCGCAUUAAUCCGCUGUACAAAGACAUUGAUGAGAGCUUCAAGUUUGAUAACGGGGACCAGUCUCGAGAUUUUUUCUGUACAGGGAUCGGCAAGAAUGAAGACAACGCUGGUCUCGUUGCGCGUGCGCGAGCGAGACAGCAAACAGUUGCAGCCCCUUCAGACAUUAACACAGUGGAUGUAAACGGGGAUGCAUGCCUCUCAUGCGCACUAGACGUAAUCAUGGGCCACCCAACGUAUGUCGCGCGCCGAUCAACGUCUAUCCUCCAGCACAACGAUCCCUACUACCUGGAGCGCCUCACGAAGCAAUCGAUAUAG